AACGGCGCUGAGAUUCAAACUCGUCUUCUCCUCUUCAGUGGACUGUUGAGUUUCCUACGCGUCCGUUGGUCCGAGUUGGUCGUGUUUAUUAUUUUUGUGUCUGUUUUCUGGACAGCUACAAUAGAAAAGGUGUUUUUUUGAGGCUCAAUUAUCUGGCUUUGCAGACGCCUCGGGUUGAGAAGAUGGACGUGCAGCAGGCUGGAGACUCUGCUGAUCCGUACACUUUCGAUGCACCGUUUCAUGUAAUUCACGAUUUUAGUCCAGACUCUGAAGAUAAUGCUGAUCAGUGGUUUGAUAUAAUGGCUGCUCCAAAAAAUGGGGAAAUGGAGCAACUCACAACCCCCUUAAGGGCUCCAAAACCUUUUGAUGGGACGCACGGUGAAGACCUGCCUAAAGCCAUCGUCACACCCAUUGUUCAUGGGGCUGAUACGAAAGUGUCAAAAGAUGUUCCUGAAGAUUCUGCUUCAGAACCACCGUCUAACAUUGUGACUUCAUGGGGAGACAACAGACCCACCAGAGCUCCUAGUCAGACUCAGAAGAAGAGUGCUCCAGCUCAGCCACGCAGAGUAUUGAAGCGUCCUGUGGUCAAAGAGCGAACUCAAGCUCCUUCUCCGCCUCCUGUGAUUAAGAAAAGGAGAGUUGUUCCAACUCCAAGAAGAAGAACAGUUAUCCGCCCACCAAGAAGGAGCUCAACAGGGGCAAAGCAAGCUCGCCUCAGUGGUGCUGCCGCCAGACGCAGCGUCAGGCUAAAGAACAAACCACCUGUGGUCUCAGGUGCUGCAUCUACAUCCAGUGCCUCUGCUAUCCAACAGAAGAGCACCGAGCAGCAGGAGCUGGAGCGCAUCGAGGCUCUACAGAAGGAGGUGGCCGAGCAGCGCAAGAGAAAUGAGGCCAGCUACAGAGCUGCACUGGCAGGAAGUCAGCCUCCAAAGAAGCAUGUGCUGUCCACCACCAUUCCCAAAGAAUUCCACUUCCGCUCAGAUAAUAGACUGAAAAAUCAGAUGGAUGUUACUGAUGCUUCAUACAAGGAGAGUGACUUUACCUCACAACUGCGCAAGCACCCGGCCUCACCUUUGAAGGCUCACAAGGGCACCACAGUCCCAAAGCCCUUCAACCUCUCUACUGGCAACAAGAGGAAGUUGGAGGAAACCAGUUCCUAUGUGUCCAUGGCUGAGCAGAUUGAACAGUUUCAGAAGCGCACACCAACCCGUUAUCACCUGCGCAGCCGGCAGUGUCAGGAAAAGGGCCCAACACCAGUGAAGACUGAGAAGCCCAAGGUUACUCACCCUCACACCCCUCAGCUCCUCACCCGCCAGAGGAGCCGCCCUGUCACGGUGAAGAGUACUGCAGAGAUUGAGGCUGAAGAAGCAGAAAAACUGCAGCAGUUCAAAUUCAAGGCUCUCGAGCUCAAUCGCAAGAUCCUUGAAGGGGCCCUGGCUCCGAAGAAACCUCCACCUAAAGAAGCGACUCGUCCAGAGGGCUUCCAGCUGGAGGUGGAGAAACGUCUACAGGAGAGAAACGCCACCAAGAAAACAGUAGUAGAGCAGGAAGACCACACCUUCCACUCCAAACCUUUACCAACACGUAUCCUGGAAGAAGUAGUGGGUGUCCCAGAGAAGAAGGUACUGAACCCUACUGUCCCCGAAUCUCCUGCUUUUGCACUCAAAAACCGUGUACGUGUGGAACGCAAGAUAGAAGAGGUGAAGGCACCGGCUCCAAUGAAGGCACUUCCUGUGCCCCAUUAUGUGCCCUUCCAUCCUAAACCUGCAGGGAAGGCCCACAUAGAAAUGUGUCCCUUCUCAUUCGAGCAGCGUGAGCAGGAGCGCCGAGCACAGAAAGAGAGAAAACUGGAAGAACUGAGAAAUGAGGAGGUGCCCAAAUUCAAGGCUAGGCCUCUGCCUGACUUCCAUGAAGUGAGUCUUCCAGAAAAGAAAGUAACUGAACCUACCAAACCUACUCCUUUCAAGCUGAUGGUGGAUGAGCGUGGAUCUGUGAAGAGUGAACGUUGGGAACAAAUGAUGAAGGACGAGUUGAAGCAGCAAGCUGACGCAGCGUGCUUCAAGGCGAGACCCAAUGUAGUCGCGCACAAGGAGCCUUUUGUGCCCAAGAGAGAGAACCGCUCCAUCUUGGCCGAUACUACUCAUUCUGUAGUUGGCGAAGGUUUCCAGCUGUCGACCGAGCGCCGGGCCAAAGAACGGCUGGAGUUUGAGCGAGCUCUGAAGGAGAAGGAACUGCUGAGGGCGCAGAUGGAGGAGCGACAAGCCAGAGAGCAAGAGGAGCAUGAGAAGGAAGAAAUCGCCAGAUUACGGCAAGAACAGGUUCAUAAAGCCCAGCCAAUCAGACGCUACAAACCAGUUGAGUUGAAGCACAGCGAGGUGUCUCUCACCGUGCCCCAGUCUCCAAAUUUCUCCGACCGCUUUCGUUUAUAAAGUCCCAUCAGGAUAAACUGUACAUAAUUAAAUGUUGUUUUUGCCCCUAUUUUUAUUUUUUAAAGAAGAUCAUUCUUUUUAACUGCUUUUUAAAGCUGGCUUCUUAGUAUGGAUCAUUCUACACUCAGACUCGUUUGAGACUGACGCAUUGCAUUAUGUGAACUUUUGUACAAUAUCUUUCCUGUCCUUCAUUUGUACAUGUAGCCUCAAACAUUUUCUGUCUUAAUGUUUUCCCCUCCUUUUUAAUGUAUUAAAGGUGUGCUAGAACA